CACAGACACAAGAAAAUAUUUCACAUGUUAAUCUGUCUGUCCGUCUACCUAUCUAUUAUAUUCAUUGGAGCACCAUCUCAACACCAUGUCUCUCCUUUUAGGGUUUGGAUUGCUGACCUGCAUAGCAUCAUCAGAGUCCAUCUCUGUGUUUGUGCUGAAGGGACAGGAUGUUCAUCUGGAUGUCCAGGAAAAUGUUCAACUGAAAGAGUUUGAGGUUUUCAAGUGGAGCUUCGGAUCAGCCAAUAUCCUAAGAUGCACUGACACAUUGUCAGUGAGAGUGGCUCCUGAGUACAACAACAGGGUUGAGUUUUAUAAGGGAAACUUCUCUCUGCUACUGAAGAACAUACAGGAAGGAGACAGUGGACCGUAUACUGCAGUAGUGAGUGAUGACCAAGAAAAUACUAUUAUUGUACACCAGUUAGUUCUCCAAGAGAGAGUUGAGCCUCCAGUCCUGACAGUGGACUCUAACUCUACCAUCAAUGUCACCUGUAACGUGACUGUGACCUGCAGAGGUCAGAACACCUCUGUCACCUCCAGCUGUAACAGCAGCACCUGCUCUCAGGUGGGAGGAGAGAGUAGAGGGGCUGAGACCUCCACUGUCCCCCUGCUCUCUGUCUAUGUGGCAGGGUGUUCCAUCAUAUGUAACCACAGCACAGUCACUGUAAGAUUAGGUCAUAAAAGUACUUUUUACAUUUGUCAGUUGCUACAUAAGUUAUCAAAACGUAAUAUAACAUAACAUGACAUAGUAUAGCAUACAGUAUCACAUGACAUAGCAUAGCAUACAGUAUCACAUGACAUAGCAUAGCAUACAGUAUCACAUGACAUAGCAUAGCAUACAGUAUCACAUGUUUAUGGGCCAUUUGUUUCUUCUUAAUACCCAGUAUGAUGAAAUCAAAUCAAAUGUGAUUUUGUCACAUGCUUGGUAAACAACAGGUGUAGACUAACAGUGAAAUCUUUACUGACGGGUCAUUUUCAACAAUGCAGUGAAAUAUAAAGAUACAAUACUAAAAAUAGAAAUCGUGACAAGCUUUAAAAAUCGUAAGCUUUAAAUAUCGAUAAGCUUUAAAAAUCGUAAGCUUUAAAUAUCGUAACAGAAUGACACAUCUCACUGUUAAUAUCCUCACUAGGAUGAGGGUUUGACGUUCGUCCAUUCUGUUUAUUUUCACCCCUCCUGUCCAAUUCAUCCGAAAGUAUCUCAAAAUGUAUUGUGUAACUCAAAUAAGUUACUUAUUGAUGAUUUGGACAUGAUUUGAAAAAUGUUAAUAUGGGUACCAUUGACUUGCAUUGAUUUCCCCUGGAGGCUUUUUGCCCCAAACACUGACUUUACAUUUUUUUACAUUUUUUUUGUUGAAAAUUCACUUUGUCUGAAGAUGACAGAGAAUUAGUGUAGAGGUCUAUGACUCUACUGUGAUAUACCAUCUGAUUCAAUUAUCAUGUGAAUGCUACAGGCCCAUAUCCCCAGUUGGUUUAGCCAAUGUAGCAAGCCUUGCUUCAUCACUCAGAAUACUGUAAGAUGCACGUGUCCAGGUUUAUUGUUUUGCUAUUAUUAAGAGGUUACUAAUGGACAAGGUGAUUGUGAUGAACAUUUACAGUUAGACAUUUCACUAAAUAAUAAUUCAAGGAAUAUUACUCAGAAAUGUGAGGAAUACGGUUCUUAUCAAUUAAAAAAUUAUCUGAUUUAUUACAGUUACACAAUAAGAAUGCAGUUAGCGAAUGGUACAUACCAGAAAUAUUUGUUGUGACAUUAGUCUUAACAGCAUAGAAAAUGUACCACCUAAAAAAGUACAUCAGGAGAUCGGUUAACCAAAUAACUCCAUGAUCAACAUUUAAACCCAGUUUUAAUUCUUCCCAGAGCGCCCGAUCCCAGUAUCUCCCAUUGUCUAAUUAACAUGACUUUGAAUGGCCCAAAACAUUAAAACAAAAGGCAUAAACUUCACACACGUUCUCUAAUGUAAUCCCUGCACCCACUGUAUGAUGACUGUGUUGUUACUCUCUGAACUAUCCGUCAUCAGACAGUUGGAAACUGGAAACACUUAUCCUCCUCACUAGCUUUAAGCACCAGCUGUCAGAGCAGCUCACAGAUUACUGCACCUGUACAUAGCCCAUCUAUAAUUUAGCCCAAACAACUACCUCUCCCCCUACUGUAUUUAUUUAUUUUGCUCCUUUGCACCCCCAAUAUUUAUAUCUCUACUUUGCACAUUCUUCCACUGCAAAUCUACCAUUCCAGUGUUUAUUUUUAUUUUUUAUUUUUAUAUAUUUUUUUACUUGCUAUAUUGUAUUUACUUCGCCACCAUUACCUCCCUUAUCUCACCUCAUUUGCUCACAUUGUAUAUAGACUCAUUUUUCUACUGUAUUAUUGACUGUAAGUUUGUUUUACUCCAUGUGUUGUUGUAGGUGUCGAACUGUUUUGCUUUAUCUUGACCAGGUCGCAAUUGUAAAUGAGAACUUGUUCUCUACUUACCUACCUGGUUAAAUAAAGGUGAAAUAAAUAAAAUAAAAUAAAAAAUCGGACAAACA